AUGCUGCUAGCCGCGACGGCCUGCUGCUUCCUCGCCGACGAGGCCAAGAAGAGCCAGGACGGCGGCGGCGGGGGCGGGGGAGGGGGCGGGGGAGGAGGAGGGCUGGGGAUUAGCCCGGUGGUCCUGGUCGUGGUGCUGGUGCUGGCGGCGCUCGUGUUCGUCUCCGGCCUGCUGCACCUGCUGGUCCGGUUCCUGCGGUGGCGCGCCCGCGCGCGCACCGGGGCGACGGAGGAUGGGGGCAGCGAGGUGGACGGAGGAGGCGGAGGCCGGGGGGCUGGGGAGGAGUCGGCGCUGCAGCGGCAGCUGCAGCAGCUGUUCCACCUGCACGACUCCGGGCUGGACCAGGCCGUCAUCGACGCGCUGCCGGUGUUCCUCUACGGGGAGGUGGUGGUCGGCGCGGGCGCCAAGGAGCCGUUCGACUGCGCGGUGUGCCUGUGCGAGUUCGCCGGCGACGACCGGCUGCGGCUGCUGCCGCUGUGCGGCCACGCGUUCCACAUCGACUGCAUCGACACCUGGCUGCUCUCCAACUCCACCUGCCCGCUCUGCCGCCGCGUGCUCGCGGCCGACGACGGCGGCGGCGACGCGGCCCUCCUGCUCGACGAGGGGUGGGGGCGGGAGGGGGAGGGCGCGGUGUUCCCCGUCCGCCUCGGCAAGUUCAAGAGCACGGCCAGGGCGGCCGGCCACGUCCAGCACGACGGCGGCGGCAUUGUGGCGGCGGAGGAGGGCGACGCGGGCAGCAGCAGCAGCAGCCUGGACGCCAGGCGGUGCUACUCCAUGGGCUCCUACCAGUACGUGCUCGCCGAGGCCAGCCUGCAGGUGUCCGUCCACCGGCGGCACGGCGACGGCGGCGCCGCGGAGAGGAUGAGGGGCCCGAGAGGGGUCGUCGCGAACCCGGCCGGCCUUGGCGGCGGGGGCGGCGGCGAGGGGAAGAGGAUCGGGGCCGGCAGCAAGGGCGACAGCUUCUCGGUGUCCAAGAUCUGGCAGUGGCCGCGCAACGGCAAGGGGAAGCUCCCCGUGCUCGCGUCCGACGGCUCGCCGGCGGUGGACGGCGCGCUGCAGUGGCCGAGGAGGAGCGUCGGGGAGUCGUGA